GAGUGUGUAUGUGUGUGUAUAUUUCGUUUUUUUCUCGUAUUUUCUUCAUCGCAUUCAUCAUCAACAACAAUUAAUUUGUGAGAAUGUGUCGCCAUCGCGUCCAUUAUUCAUUGUGUGAUAUAACAAUUUCUCGCAACAAAACAUAAUAUAUCAACCAAAACUAUUAUAUUUCGACCAUUAGUGGUUUGUUCAUGUUUCAAAUUCGAUUUCAUGAUAAGUGAUUACUUCGCCAAGAAGAAAUAGAAAUUUCAUCCAUUCCAGUAAUACAAACAAUUCUUCAUUUGAUCAUUUCAAAUUCUGUUGAUAAUAUGAUAAUGAUGAUGAUGAUUACAUAAAACAUUGGAAAAAUAAUUAGAUUCAAUUUUCUUUAGAAGAAAAGCUAUCAUCUAUCAAAAAUGUAUCUAUCAUUCUUUUUACUAUUUUUGGCCAUCAUUAUUGGCGAUCAAAUGCAGAGAAUUUCCUGUUUUGAUUUUGAAUUAAUACAACCAAAAAUUGAAAGAUUCUCCAAUAAUGAUGAAGAAUUGAGAAUCAAAUUUACUGCCUUUAAUCAAAAUUUCACAAUAGAUCUCAUAAGAAAUUAUUUCAUUUCUAAUAAUUAUCAUGAAUCACCUGAAAAUGAUUAUGAAACCAAUAAACAUUGUCAUUAUAAAGGAAAUGUUAAUGUAAAACAAUCACAAUCGUCUUCCUUUGCUGCCAUAUCAUUCUGUGAUAAUCAAUUAAAUGGAAUUUUCAUUUUGAAUGAUGUUGAAUAUCAUUUAGAACAACAAAAAGAAUCAAAAAAAGUUAAAAUAUUUAUAAAUAAUCCAUUGACGAUCAAUACAUAUCAUUGUGGUUUCAACAAUGAUAACAAUACCACGAUGAUUACAUCAACAGCCAUUUCCUCUAAACGAUCACGACGAGCUUUAAAUGUGAAAAAUCAACAAUUAUUUCAACAACAACGUUAUGUCGAAAUGGUUUUGGUCAACGAUCUCAAAUUGUAUGGAAAAUAUAAAGAAAAAUUGCCAUUUUUAUUCGAACGAAAUGUACAGAUUGCAAAUAUUGUCAAUGCAUUGUAUAGCCCAUUCAAUAUAUCCAUAGUAUUGGUUGGUGUUAUCGUAUGGACUAAACGUAAUGAAAUUAUAUUAAGCAAUAAUAGUAGUGAAACAUUGAAUAAUUUUCUUAAAUAUCGACGUGAUAAAUUAAUGAACGAAAUUCCUAAUGACAAUGCUCAAUUAAUAACGGCAUCUCCAUUUGAAAAUGGUAUCGUUGGGAAAGCCUUGAAACAAACCAUGUGCACUUAUGAAUAUUCUGGCGGUGUUAAUUAUGAUUAUCAUGAGAGUAUCAGUUUAAUUGCAACGACAAUUGCCCAUGAAUUGGGCCAUAAUUUCGGUAUGGAACAUGAUAAUGAUGGAUGUCAUUGUAAAGCAAACAACUGUAUUAUGGGUCCAUCAUCUUCAUUUCCACAUCCACGCCAUUGGUCAAGUUGUUCGAUUUCACAGCUUGAAGAAUCAUUGCAACAUGGAUUAGAUUAUUGUCUAAUGAAUAAGCCAAAUGUUGUAUUUCGACCAAGCUGUGGUAAUGGUAUUAUUGAUUCUGGUGAAGAUUGUGAUUGUGGUUUACCAGAAUUUUGUACGAACAAAUGUUGUAACGCUACCACAUGUAAAUUAAUGAGCCAUGCAAAAUGUUCUGGUGGUGUUUGUUGUGAUAGAACAACCUGCCAACUGAUUGCAAAACAUUCAAAAUUUAUUUGUCGUCAAUCGAAAUCGAUUUGUGAUCCAGCCGAAACAUGUGAUGGUCACAGUGAAAAUUGCCCCGCUAAUCAAUUUGUAACUGAUGGCACCGAAUGUAAUGAAGGAUAUGCUUAUUGUUUUGAUGGAAAAUGUGAAACCCGAGAAAAUCGUUGCCAUUUAUUAUGGGGUAAUGAAAGCCAGGUUUCAGGCUAUCGUUGUUAUCAGAAUAAUGCCAAUGCUAAUAGUAGUGGUAAUUGUGGUUAUGAUAAAAAAACUAAAACAUUUAUUGGUUGUCAUCGUAAAGAUGAUAUAAUCUGUGGCCGAUUACAUUGUACAAAUCGAAAUAAUAAUGGAAAACUGACACUUAAAUAUGGACCAGAAGGUUCAACGGUUAUAUCACAGAAAUUUGAAUCACAUCGUGAUUCGAUUACAUGUUUUUCAGCAAUGAUUGAUCUUGGCCUCAAUGAAGAUGAUAUUGGUCUAGUUCCUAAUGGAGCAAAAUGUGGCCUAAAUCAAAUGUGUGUGGAUCAAAAAUGUGUUCAAGUGAAAGAAUAUCAAAAUUCACAUUGUGAUCGUCAUCCAGAUGAUGAUAAAUGUCAAUCAUCACAACAACAAUCAUCGACAAACAUAUUAUUAAUAUUUACAUAUCUUUUCUUUAUAUUAUCACCAUUCCUAUUGUUGUUUUGGUUUUUAUUCAUACACAAAAAACCAUUGAAAUUUCCUAAAAAUUUUUUCGGUCAAAAAGCAUUUAUCGCUAAAGACUAUAAUAAUCGUCGACCAAAAAUGAAUCCAAUCAAUCGAAACAUAUCGGUUCCAAUUGAAACUGAAUUGACCAUUAAACCAGUAAGACCAGCACCACCGCCACCACCAUUCAUUCCAAAAACAAAUACUACUGAUACAAACAAUAGUAAUCCUCUUAUGAAUGGUGGUAUUACUAAAACCACCAACAAUAAUCACCGAAUAUCAACAAAUACGCCAAAUUCCAAUCAAAUCACCCGACCAAAAAGAUCUCCACCGAAAACACCCCCGCCGCCACCACCACCAUCACGAUCAUCAUCAUCAGCCAAAGUAUCAAUAUCAAAAUCAUCGACAGAAAAUUCACAUACAGUCAAAGACUUGGUUGCAGCAUUUGAAAAACAAUAAUGACCAUGAUGAUUGAUGACACACAAACUUUGAACUAUAAUAUCUUCUGUGUUUUUUAUAAAAUAUUAUUACUUCUAGUCUUAAUAAUAAAAAUCUAUAAUAUAGAAAUAUCCAGAUUUUCA